UUCGUUUUGGCCCCCCCUUCUCGCCAUUGCUGCUGCUGCCGCCGCCGCGGGCUCUCUUCGGCGCUGGCUUCUCGGGGCGGAAAAGAUAUGGGUCUGGACCGAGGCCCGUCGACAACGACGCUGUGAAAACCCCACUGUUUGGCGCCAACGCAGCUGGGAAUAGCGAGGGCCUGGGCCUAGAUGAGAAGACGGCACGACUCUGGCCGCGGGUCGUCCACCCGCGGCAGCGGACACUUUAGUGGUGCAAGCUCGUGCUGAGGAGCAGCAGUGUCCGGCGUCCAGCGGCUGCCAGUGCUUACGAGCAUGAGUCGGCAAGCGGCCGGCAACAAGGGGGGCGGUGGCAAGUCCGAGGCGGGUGGCGGCUACCCUGCCCGUGGGGCCGGGGCCUCGGACGCUGCCGUUGGGGCUCGGGGGGCGGCGGGACCCUUUCCCGGAGGCAGCGCGUCGCCGGCCUCCACGUCCAGUUCAGCGUCGGCCCUAGCCAGCCUGUUCGAGUGCCCCGUGUGCUUCGACUACGUGCUGCCGCCCAUCCUGCAGUGCCAGAACGGGCACCUCGUGUGCUCACCGUGCCGCCAGAAGCUGACCUGCUGCCCCACCUGCCGAGGCCCAAUUGGCAACAUACGCAACCUUGCCAUGGAGAAAGUGGCCAACACUGUGUUCUUCCCUUGCAAGUACUCUCUGACAGGCUGCCCGGCUCUGCUGUCGCACUCUGAUAAGCCAGAGCACGAAGAGGCCUGCGAGUUCAGGCCGUAUCUGUGCCCCUGUCCCGGAGCGUCGUGCAAGUGGCAAGGCUCUCUCGACCAAGUGAUGGCUCACCUUGUCCACUCCCACAAGUCCAUCACGACACUCCAAGGUGAGGACAUAGUGUUCCUGGCGACAGACAUCAACCUGCCCGGCGCCGUCGACUGGGUGAUGAUGCAGUCGUGUUUUGGACACCACUUCAUGCUGGUGCUGGAGAAGCAGGAGAAGUACGACGGCCACCAGCAGUUCUUUGCCGUGGUGCAGCUGAUCGGGUCACGCAAGCAGGCCGACAACUUCAUCUACCGGCUCGAGCUCAACGGCCACAAGCGUCGCCUCACUUGGGAGGCCACGCCGCGCAGCAUCCACGAGGGCGUCCAGGCGGCCAUCAUGAGCAGUGACUGCCUCGUCUUCGACACCAGCAUCGCCCAGCUGUUUGCCGACAGCGGUAACCUAGGCAUCAACGUCACCAUCUCACUGUCCUGAGCGGCGUUCUGCGUGCUACGCCGUGCAUCAAUGUGGACGUGCGCGACGCCCCUCACGAACCGUUAGCAGCCUGGCAAGGAACGCUGCAACGUGCACAUCAACAUCACUCCUCUUGCCAUUUACCGUGUGCCGCCGUGUGAAGUGUUUAUUACACCUUCUGAAGAUGUGCUGAUGGGGACUACUAACAGCGGUUCUUGCUGUGUGGUGGAGACGGACAGUGUGUUUCGGGAAAAAUGCGAGGAUGUGUUUGCUGACCAGGUCUUUUGGUUGACUUGUCAUAGUGUGUGUUUCUGGGCCCUGAUUGACGCGGCAGUGUUGUGUGCGACGUGACCACAGCAGAAGUGUGGUCUGGCCCCGGUAACCCUGCCAUCGGCGUACUGCUCACUUUUCAUCUGCAUACAGCAAAUCUAGAGGACAUGUUGCUGCAGGGUGCAAUGGACGAUUCUUUCGUUCGAUGCGUUACCCUGACAUUGCAUUGGCUCUGAGACUUGAGCAAGCUUACUGCACGCCUCCCUUCUGUAGCGUUCAGCGCCUUCGUUGGUAACAGCUAUUGCAACCAUAGGCACGAAGCUACACGUGCAGCCUAGGUGUACCUGCGUGUAUGGUCGCUUUUGUGACCCACGGUUAUGGAGUGUUUUCUUACUUGCAUUGCCGUUUUGCGGUGCACACACUCCAAGGUCUCAUUCUCAGCAAGCUGGGCCAUCACUGUAUAUUCCUGGAGACAAGAUGCCUUGGCAGAGACUCGAGCUGCUCAUGGCUGCCCUUUAUCACAUUGCCGUUACGACUGGCAGCGUGCGAUGACUAUUCGUCACGCCUGCUGUGGACACUAUUCUCAAGGUGCGAGUGAUCUCGUGGGCUUUAGGGAGUGCACUCGAAGAUGGAACUUUUCGGGGCUUCCUAAUAUGCGAGACAGCCACCACACUCAUAGUCAUCUGUUGCUCACUUGAUCGUUUUGUCAUGGGCGGGGAGACGGAAUCGACGUCUUGGCGCGGCCACUAGCCGCGCAAGCUUCCGAACAAAUUACCAGUGCACGACGCCCACAAGACUGGCAGUCUGCACUUUGGAUAUGGGCCUUACCUUGAGAUCGGUCGGCUACACGACUGGUCAGUUUUAUUGUGUUGGGACAGUAAUGCGAGGUAAUAUCGAUGCCCGAAAGCGUUACAAGUCUCCGGCCUUACAUUUGUGCAGUUGCUUCUGUCCCCACGUAAAAACACAGUUUUAGUGAGGCCAGCUUCUGAAAAGUUGCAAGGCCGUGUUAUAGUAACUGCGCAACUGUGAAUACUUCACCGGCUUGCACAUCUUGAGGUCGUGCAGAUCACUUGUAAGACUAACCACAGUUAUGGGUCUUCUGUCACAUGAUGAAACCCGGAGGAAAAAAAGAAUGCUGAUUUCUCCGACAAUGAGUGCGUUUUUGUACUGCAAGUGAUGGGCAGUCCUAAACGUUUAUUCGAAGAUUUUAUUGAGAUAGCAGCACUCGCCAGUGCUUAUAUUCAAUCGGGCGAGGGCAAUCGCGAAUGCCCAUAGCGUUGCUUGAAAUGUCUGUGGCCCUCUGUGGAAUGGGCAGGUGAUAAAUUGCAGCCCCAUAGGCUCCCUUGUGUUCACAAACGCUCUGUGCACUGCCGCCUGAACUUUCUUCUUUCUUUAAUAUAUGUAUACAAGGCUGUAGCACGUCCACUCCACGACGCACGGCGUAUCUCUCCAUACGAGACUCCUCCGUGUACUAUUUGCGGCUAGCAAGCAAGAAAAUGUUUCAAACACUCCGAUUAAUUGGCGGUACCUAGCUGCUUUUCUUUUGCUUGAAUUACGUUGAUUAGAUGAAUUCUUCGACGACGGAACAUCUCUCGUUCGUCAGAUUAUAGCGUCAUUCACUGACAUGUCUACCAGACUGCGGACAGUGUUAACGCUGGUAAGGGAGGCACUGGCUUCGUGAUAUCCUUCGAAGGUAUCCAUUAGGCACAGUUAUUCCUUCGGAUAUAAAGAAGCAAUGAAGCUCGAUCAAAUGUCUCUCGCAGAUUAUUAACCGGAAGAGAGGCAGCCCACCGAAGCUUCACUUAAUUAUACAAGAUUUGCGAACAUUUCGCACUCACUUGAAUACUAGCGAGAUUACAUAGGAUUUGUCAGCCAGUUCGCUGUCUUGCCGAAAACCUUUUGUUGGAUGUGCGAAAAAAAUAAAUGUGUUGUUUGGGUCAUUUUUAUUUUCAUGCCAACAGCUAGAUGGAUUUUUUUUACGUCGUGACAUCCUCGUCUGUACACAGAAUUCACUGACACUGUUCUUUAUCAAAGGACAAAAAGAAGAAUGUACAUAUGUUGCAUAGUACAGAAAUAAAUCUUUUUAGUACCAACGA